AAGCCCUUUGUUCUCAUGCAUUUAAGACAAGUGUAUUUUUCACUUUCAUUUAUUUACAACUGUCACUGAGUGCUAGAGACACGUUCGACACUCUGCACAUCAUUUGUUUCUUGUAAUACAAAUCAGCAUGUUACAAUCGGCGAAUGCAAAGGUGGAGCAAUCUGGUGGAGGUGACAAGAUCACUUUGGUGCUGCUGGGAAAGAACAGCAAUGAUAAGUCUAUGAUAGGGAAUACCAUAUUAAAGGCAAACCGUUUCAUAGCUAGUAACAACACAUGUACAAGAGCUGAAGAAAGAGUAGAUGAUCAGAGGGUCUGUAUCAUAAACACUCCAGACCUUUUCCACAGGCCGCACCCAAAUAGAGAAACAGAGGAGAAUAUAGAGGAGAUAAAAGCCCUAUAUCCAGGGCCACGCAUGUUUCUUCUGAUUCUGCAGAACAAAAAGCUCUCACAGGAAGAGAUGGAAAUGUUCAGGCAGCUGAAAGUGAGAUUUGGGGAGAAAAUGGUGGAAAAUACAAUUGUAGUGCUAGUUAACAGUCAGGAACAAAAAUCUGAAGAAGCAUAUGACCACGCGGAUGAGAAUCUCAAAAAACUACUAGAUGAGUGCGGACGGAGAAUGUGUCUUCAUGACAAGAAAAAUGUAAACGAGCUUACCAAUCUGGUAGUGAAAGAAUGGAAGAGAAUACAUGAAAAGCAGGUUAAAGAAUCAAGCAACUCCGCACAUGCUGAGAGGAUAUAUGAGGACAUUGAUGCGUAUAUACAAAUGAAGCAAAUAAAUGAAGCAUCAUGGAUGUCUGAAAAAAGCAAAGAAAAGAGCGUUCCGACAUCUAGAAGUAAAGUCAUGAUGACAGUGGUCCUACUGGGAAAGAGAAGCAACAACAAAUGUCUCGUAGGGAACACAAUUUUUCAAAAAGAUCAUUUCCGAUCAGAGAGGGUCAGAUGUGAGAAGAUUGUAGAUAAUGUUGGUGGUGAGAAGGUUUGUAUUAUCAACACUCCAGAUCUUUUUUAUAAACCAAGCUCAUCAGAUCCAGAGGCUGACAAAAUGGACGAGCUGAAGCCAUCAUACGCAGGUCCACGUGUGUUCCUCCUUGUACUCCAGGACAGUAUGGUGUUACCAGAAGAGAUGGAGAUGUUUACUGAAGUAAAGAAGAAGCUUGGACAGAAAAUGGUUGAACAAGCAAUUGUGCUGGUUAAUGGUGAUAAAAAGGAAUCUUCAGAUACAAUGGGCACACCGUUGUCAUUCAAAAAAGACCACGACAUAAUCCUGAAUGAGUGUGGAAACAGACUGUGUGUUUACAGCAAACACAUGAAGAAUAAUGAACUUAUCAAAGAACUAAUGAAACACAAAGAAAUCAUGAAGAACCAAACAUCAGAAACUACAAGAGGAAGUUCCAGCGGGAUGCAUGUCAGUAAGGUGACGCAAACACCAAAGAAAACAGGUGGAUACAAGGAGGAUCAGCCAAAACCUUUGACCAUCGUGCUGCUGGGACAGACAGGAUGUGGGAAGAGUGCUACAGGAAAUACAAUCUUAAAAAAGCACCAUUUUGAAUCACAUGCCAGUUCUGUGUUGGUAACAAAGAAGUGCCAGAUGGCAGAGGAAACUGUUUAUGAUGUGAGGAUUAGGGUUAUAGAUACUCCAGAUUUCUUUAAUGAAGACCUUAAAAACCAGGAAGAACAGAUAAAGAAGUGCAAAGAGCUCGCUCAGCCAGGGCCUGAUGUGUAUUUGCUGGUCAUGCAGCUUGGCCGUUUCACAGAGGGCGAGAGAGAGGUUCUCCCACAUCUGAAGAGAGAGUUUGGCGAGGAUGUGACUUUAAAGACUGUAAUUCUUUUCACGGGUAAAGAGAAGCUGAAGAACAGGACUUUAACUGAUUACAUCAAUGGUAGUGACAAAGAACUUCAGGAACUGAUCAAAACCUGUCAUUCAAGAUGUUGUGCAUUUAACAACAACAAUGAGAAAUCCAGUCAUCAGGUGAAAAAACUUCUGGGGCUCAUUUCUGACAUGCAGGAAAAUAGUGCUAUGAGCCAUCACAGAAAGAAGCAUAAGGAGAACAAAGAAUGCAGUAUCUUGUGAGAUUAAGUGUAUGUGCACAGCUAUAAUUGGGGAACCUUUUCUAAAUAUGGCAUAAGUUUUAUUAUGGUUAGUCUACAGUGGUUACAAUUGUGUAGACUGUAAUAUUAAGGAUGGUUAGAUGCAUAUUUAAUUGUACCUUUAUUUACUAUGAACUACUAAAAAUUAUUUGGAUAGCGAAUAAUAUGUAAUGGUGAUUAUACUGGUAAGUGAAAUAUUUAAAUUAAAUAAAAAAAUAAAAAACA